AUGAAUGCUAUCGAGAAUAUAUUCACAAACAAUCCUCUGGAUUCUGACGAAAUUCUUCAAAAAGUAAUCGAAUUGGGAAUUGAGUAUUUGGGCGAAAAGUGGAAGAAUGUGGAUAAAAAUCAGAUUACAGUUACAAAAAUAAUGGGUGGUCAAUCAAAUCACAUGUUCCACGUGUCAUCUUCUACAUCUGCCACACCAUAUUUCCUUCGAAUUCAUAAGCAAGGACAAAGCCAAUUCUUCACAGAUGUUGUCAAUUUUGCAAUCUUUUCAGAGCGUGGACUUGGACCUAAACGUUACGGAUUUUUUGAUGGAGGAAGAAUGGAAGAGUUCCUUCCGAGUAGAACACUAAAACCAGAAAACGUUCUGAAUCCAGAAAUAUCUCGGAAAAUCGGAGCAGCUUUUCCUCUAUACCACUCAAUCAAAAUUCCAGUUUCUAAAAGUCGUCGUUGCUUUCAGAUUAUGAGGGAAUCUCUCAAAGGAUACAUCGAUCUUGGUGGUCGAAAAUAUGCAGUCUUCCCAGUGACUUAUUCUGAUCAUCCUAUGACAAUUUCUCCGGACGAUCUUCUAAAAGAAAUUAACUGUUCCAACAUUCUACAACUGAAUUCGAACAACGAAAUUAUGUUCAUUGAUUGGGAAUUUGCUAGCUACAACUGUAGAGGUUAUGAUUUGGCAAUGCAUUUAUCGGAAUCUGCAAUUAUUCGAACUGCAUCUCCAUGUGGAAUCCAAAUCAAUGAAAUCUUUACGGACAACCCUCCAAAUCUUCGUCCCUUCUGUGAAGUCUACGUAGAUUCCGAAAACUUGCUCAAAAAUCGCACGUCUGCAUAUCGUGAUCUGGAAAUCGAAAACCUGAUUAAAGAGUGUCAAUUCUACUGGCCAAUAACUCAUUUAUUCUGGGCUUGUCUGAUCAUGAAAUUGGGACGAAUGGAGUGCAAUAAAGACAUUGAUAUGGAUAUCAUGGCACGGGACAGGCUGGCAGUCUAUUAUCCUUUGAAGCUGAGAGCCCAAGAGAUUUAUGAGAAACUGAAGUUUGCCAAAUAA